AUGCUGGUGUCGGCACUUCUGCCAACCUGGGUCUUGAUGUUUGAAUGGCGGCAGGGCUUGGCGGGGCCAGCAUGGCUGCCUCCCCUGCAGCUCGGGGCCGCCUUUGCGCCUGCGUGGUCGCAGCUGGCAGAAGUACUGGGCAUGUCUACCUCGACGCGAAUGGCAGGCUUCAGCACCAUUGUGUUGCUGUCAAUGAUCGGCAUGGUCACAGCCGAUCGGAGAGCCCGGCAUCGUCAGCAUAAGGCUAUGCUAGAAGCUGAAGUGCCGAAGAUGAUGGAGGAGCUUCUCCAUCGCUUGAAUCGAAAAGGAGUCCUUCUCUCUCGAUUGGCCUCCGCGGAGUUCGGCGGCUCUCUGCCAGUCCUCGAAAGCUACGAGAAUCCGCGGGGCCUGGCGAGCACUCUGGAGGCCUUCGAGGCCGCGACCCGGAUGGAGCGACUGAGCACGGAGUUUCUGAUCUCGCGAAAGGAGUGGCUCGCCGAACUGCGCGAGGGUCGGGACGACUACGCCGUGGUGGCACGCUGCGGCUCUCGGCUGGUGGAUGCAGUCUGCACGCCGUCCAGCACCGUGCAGACGAUGUGCCUGCUGAGACGUCAUGCGACCCGCAAACUUCCCAGAGACAUUUGGAAGAUGAUUAUGAGCUUCGUCAGUGAUGUUCGAGUCGUCUCCAGCCUAUUGGAGCCAGUGGUGAAGCAUUUCGGUGGUGGCCAGCCGCAACAUCAAGUCGUCCGAGGCUGGGAAGCCAUGAAGGAAGUUGGCGAGUGGCUGCAGCGGCAGCGACAGGCGACGGAGGGUGAUAUUCCAGAGCCAGGCGAGGAUGCACUUGCCAAGCAGCUGGCCAAGUGGUGGAAGGCUGCUCCGAAGAGGUUUGGCCGUUCCGGCUCCCGAAAGGUGCGGGCUGAGGAGGAUCGGAGCACCUGGAUGCAGGGACCUCGUGCAUUGACGCCCGGCUGCCCGCUGGUGAUGGGCCCAUGA